AGCAUGAGUGAAGUUCCUUGCAAGAAGCGGGAUGACUAUUUGGAAUGGCCCGAGUAUUUCAUGGCAGUAGCCUUCUUAUCGGCGCAGAGAAGCAAAGAUCCCAGUUCCCAAGUCGGGGCCUGCAUCGUGAAUGGAGAAAACAAGAUCGUGGGGAUCGGGUAUAAUGGAAUGCCCAAUGGGUGCAGUGAUGACCUGUUGCCUUGGAGGAGGACUGCGGAGAAUAAGCUGGAAACCAAGUACCCUUACGUGUGCCACGCCGAGCUGAAUGCCAUCAUGAACAAAAACUCGGCCGACGUGAAAGGCUGCACCAUGUAUGUCGCCUUGUUCCCAUGUAACGAAUGUGCUAAGCUCAUCAUCCAGGCAGGUAUCAAAGAAGUUAUUUUCAUGUCCGAUAAAUACCACGAUAGCGACGAGACCACAGCAGCGAGGCUCAUGUUUAACAUGGCGGGGAUUACGUUCAGGAAAUUCACGCCGAAGUGCAGCAAGAUUGUCAUCGACUUUGAUUCAAUUAACAGCCGGCCGAGUCAGAAGCUUCAGUGAGUUACAUCAUUAAAUCUCCAGAAGAUUGGGAUUAUCUUCUUCUAAGAAGCUGCUAAUGCCUUUCAUCUUGAAGUCACACAUAACUUUUUAAUAGCAAAAGUAGACAUCUAGCGGACAUAAAGCCUCAAAUCUUCUUCUUGUCUCUCUUGUCAACGUGGAAUCUGCAUCUGCUUAAACGAUUGAUUUAUGGUGCCUCUUGCUGGUCUGCCGCACAGGGCUGGGACAGGGAGCCCCAUGUCGCCCGGCCUGCUGGGUGCUGGUGGCUCUGCCGAGGGGGCCAGCAACCACUCUCCAGGACUGCUGGAGGACAGCUACCUGGCUGGUCGUGUGUUCCUGGUGGGGACGUUGAACCCAACGGAAUCGUACCACGUAGUUAGGAUUGGGGUGGGUAGGAAAUGGGGCCAAAUGACAGUAGCACUAAACUCUUGGUUGUAGGGGCCUGGGGGAACUCCCCACCCAAAUCCAGCCCCCUGGUAGGACGGCACAUCUGCCUUGACGAGUGACCGUGGAACAAAGCAAAGCAGGGAGCUGCCUGCAUUCCUGCUGUCUGCUCCAGGCAGGGUUCUGGCAGGCUGUGCCUUGGGAUAGCGUGGGGGCGCCUGGUUUUGCCUGCUUUUCGGUUUGGUGUCUGGAGGAGAAGACUGUGCACCCCCAGACCACACCCUGCCAUGAUGGCCAGUGGGGUGGAGUGGGUGGGUGAGGCAGGGCUCCACCCACUCCUCUGGGGAAACCGUGUCAGCCCUUCGUGGGCCAGCCUGGUUCCUUUCCAUAAUGGCGCUACAACCACCUCUAUCCCGGGAGUGAGAGCUGAGGGACCCAGGCCACCCGGCGGCAGCUGAUUCCAGAUCUAUCAGUGAUUGGAGCUCGUGUGCUCCUGGCGUGGAGCCUUUGCCUGCCCAGAUCGGGUGGGAGUGCCCGCCGGCACCUCCUCAUCUUCAAUCUCAUUUAAUUUUUAUUGAACGUGCUCAGUACUUGUGGAGAAAAUGGUUUCUUUAGCCUGAAGAUUAUUACCCCCUUUUAGUGUUUCUAGCUUUUGGUAUGUUUUUAUUUUGUCACUGAGGUUUCGUACUCCAAAUUCUUGGGCAUUUUGUAGUUUGGCUCUCUACCAAUGUUAUUAAAGUCUUAUUAAAAUUCA